GUCAAAGGGCCAUGGACAGAGGACGAAGAUAGGAAGCUCCGUGAGCUGGUGAACGAGUACGGCCCUGAAAAAUGGGUGUUUAUCGCUUCGAAGAUUGGCUCUCGCACCGGCAAGCAGUGUCGAGAGAGAUGGCACAACCAUCUCGAUCCCAUGAUUAACAAGGCACCUUUCACACCCGAAGAAGAUGUGCAGAUCCUUGAGCUCUACAACAAGCUUGGAUCCAAAUGGGCAGAGAUGGCGAAGCAUAUGCCCGGACGACCGGAUAAUGCCAUCAAGAACCAUUUUAACACUACCAUGCAGAGAAAGAAAAGACGUAUGAGCAUGCCCUCAAUUCAUUCUUCG